CGAUGGUAGGAGCAUGAUUAGGUUCGACAUUUCGACUGUCGAAGAACGAAUUUCCUUCUCACUUCAUCGAUAGCUUCUAGCUAUCGCUUUCAUCUAGAUUCUUUCAUCUUUUUGUUUUCAACAUGACGAGCGUGCUUGAAGCUCCUGUUUCUCCCAUGUCCGCCUACGCCUAUCCGUCCGUACACGACGCCGCCUCAAAAAUGGAUAUCACACAUCUUUCCGGAGCUACCAUGGCAGACCUCAUCAUGGAGCCCAAGAUCCAUCUAGUCAACGCUAGUCCAGCGACGUCAAAAUGCGCUUCAAUGAUAUCCUCGAAGCGAGUCUCCGUAGCAUCGCAAUCGACGACCAAGUCCGCUCUUCGCCAGUCCAACCAACUCCUCAUCGAGAUGCUCCAGAAUAUCCAAGUGGAACUGGCAGCUCAUCGCACUAUCAUGCUCGACAUUCAACACCGUGUCUCGCACCUUGAGCACGAGUCCAAUGCCAGUGUCAACGACGCACCAUCCGCGGCACUCCGGGUACUAGAGGGUCACAAAGAUGCGUCAAGACGCAAUAGCAGAUUAGUCCCACCAGAAGGUCGCGCUUGGUGGGAAGCAUGCCAAAACUUCGCCCGGAAUGCCGAACCGCCGCUCAGCGCCACAGAGUUCUUGCGUACACCGAAGCGCUUCUCGGGGAUCGACUGGCAGUACGGUGUCCCCUCUGCGAAGCCGAACACGCCGCCCGCGACUCCUCCGGAUGUCGAUGAUUUGCCUCCUUUGACACCUACUUCCGAAGAAGAUGAUCACUAUUACGUCCCUACACCUUAUCCACACGACAUCGAGCUUGAUGAUGAGGAAGUUGUAGCUUCGACUCCGAAGAUGGACGAGAGCGUUUAUGAGGAUGACAUCAAAGAGCAUACUGUCGAGGUCAACAAGAAGAAGCUGCCUACACCACCAAUCCUGCAGCCUCCUCCGGGCGGCAAACCAAUCCCAGUCAACAAAGAGGAAGUCAUUACUGCUAUCGCGCCUGGGCCUGUUAGCAAUACUCAGAGGUAUUACAAGGGAGUGAAGAGUUUGGCUACGUACAAAGCGGUUAUGAAGCACAAGCCCAGCGAGAAGGAACACUACGUCCUCAUCCAUUUCCAUCGCAGGGCGGAUCUGAAGGACUUUGACGAUGAGUAGAUUCGACGGAACGUGCGCUCAUCUGUCACGCCAGCUACAAAUCAGCGAUGACUCCCUCUAUUUCCUUUUUCUUUAUACUGGCGCAACGGCGGUGAAUCACGGAAUGUUCACGCUCGUUAACGAGGUCCACGUCU